AAUCUCUCUGACACGAGUGAUGUCGUUGUCAAGACCUCAGUCGCGUGAGCACUCUCGACCUGGCUCACGCCCGCGCAAUUCGCGUCAUGCCUCCACCCACACGGUUCCUUAUCUCCCGCAAGACCCGGAAGCUCUCCUCCUUCCUGAAGGCUCUGUAACUGAAGAGACUGUCGAAUUAUUGCAUGAAUUUGUGCACCCUCAUUCGCAUCGUCAUGACAAGCGCAGAGCGGAUACGGAUGCUACUAUAGUCGCUGAGACCAUACCAGUUGAUUCCGAACAAGAGGAAUUUGGUGAAACACCCUCAGAAAAUGACGAAGAUGAUAUCGAGGGCGAAGACUGGGAUGCACUCAAGAAACGCCCUUGGUACAGACGACCGUCGCCACUUUGGUUAUUAUGUGUGACACCCUUGUCAUCUAUUGCGAUGUCCGCAGCCAUUGCUCCACGCGUCGAGGUAUACACCUAUCUUGCAUGCUUGGAGCACAGGCCAGAGUACACAACUGGAACAUUAGGAUAUGGCUUGGAGCUUUAUCAGAACAAUGAUACGGCUCCAGUCGCCUUCACUGAGGACAAGGAUAGUCUUAUCGACGCAUGGAUGUCUCCGUAUCUGGGACCCUCAGUAUUUACCAUGAGCGGCGAGAGUAUAGGAAUGCUGAAAGAAUCUAAGGAUACGAACAGAUGCGCAUCCGAUCCCGUAGUCCAAGCUGCGGCAGCAAAAAUAAUUGCUGUGAUGACAACCACAAUGGGUAUUCUGAGCUGUCUUACUACAGCGUUUUGGGGAUCUCUGUCUGACAGGUAUGGACGUUUACGCGUUGUCGGUAUAUCGGUUAUCGGACUACUCUUCAACGAUUUCAUCUUCAUCUUGGUAUACUUCUGCUCGAGACAGUUGCCUGGAGGCUAUUGGUUCCUCUUAUUGGGACCUAUUAUUGAAGGUAUUCUAGGAGGUAUCACAAGCAUGGUAGCCGCCCUCCAUGCUUACCUUGCUGACUGCACCUCGCCCGGUAAUAGAACUCAUAUUUUUUCUCUCGGAGCUGGCCUUCUUUUCGUCGGUAUGGCCUUCGGGCCCACUAUCGGCUCUAUCCUCAUCCACGUAACACAUACCCCUCUGUCAGUAUUCUACCUCAGUACAGCCGUGCAUGCACUGUUUGCGAUGUAUACAUGGGUAAUCGUACCUGAAAGUUUACCUGAACGGGCGCAAAGAGUGAAUCGGAUGAGGGUUGAGAGGAGGAGGUUCGAGGAGAGGCAGGCAGAAGAGAUAGAAGAUCAGGAACAAUGUGGAGGACGAGUCAAGUGGAUUAGGUUAAUGCGGCGCAUGAAGAGGGUGUUCAAGUUCUUGAGCCCUCUGAGUGUUUUUGCGCCUGAGAAGGUACCGAGUACGCCUGGUGCGUUCUUGGGGAAGAGAAGGAGGGACUGGAGUUUGACUUUUAUCGCUCUGGGCUUUGGAUGUUCUGCCCUGGUCAUGGCAUCAUAUCAGUACAAAUUUCAAUAUGCGGCUGCGACGUUUGGGUGGAGCUCAGAAGAGCUGGGCUAUUGGCUUAGUCUCGUUGGCGCGUCUCGUGCAUUCUACCUGACAAUAAUUCUUCCAUUAAUUAUCAAGUUCUUCAACCGACCUAAACAAGCUAUCCAACUCCCCGUCGAACCCUCAGAGCCCCUCAUCAACUCCCACUCUUCCGAUCCAUCCUCUUCAACAGUAGUCUCAUCCCCCUCUCCGCCUUCUUCUCCAACCUAUAUUCGGUCCUCAUCACCACUACCGCUAUCUCCACCCUCUGCAAAUACAACCGAACAUACUCACCCCUCCCCUUCCCCACACACCCCAACCUUCGAUCUCCACCUUGCACGGUUCUCCCUCCUCCUCGAAUGUAUCUGCUUUUCUAUCAUCCCGCUCGCACCAAGUGCCAUGUCGUUCAGCGCGCUUGGAUGUUUGGCUGCGUGGGGUGGGGGAUUUAACCCUGCUGUACAGGCGCUUGCGCUUGAGUUGUAUGCGAGGAGAGGUAAUGUUGAGGAGGGUUCUAGGAGCGGGGGGAGAGGGAGAGGGAUGCAAAGAGGAGGGAGGGGCAAGAAUGGUGGAGAGAGAGGAGAAGCAGAGACUGGGAGGUUGUUCGGUGCAUUAAGUGUUGUUCAGGCUAUGGGUCAACAAAUAUUCGGCCCCGCACUCUUCGGCCUAACUUACAUGCACACUGUCGCCUUUUUCCCGAGUGCGAUAUUCUGGGUCUCUACGCUUUGCGUAAGCAUCGGUUUGGUGUUUAUUUGUUUUGUGAGGUUACCUCGCGAGUCUAGAGGUAACAGUGGAGAUAUGGAUUUGGAGGUUGUUCUAGCCGCGGGAGUAGGCAUUGAGCGGGAGGAUACACUUGUGAACCUUGGCGAUGACGCUCAACAAGCUGGGAAAGCCACGAAAUGAGGGUACAACCAGGAGUUGGUGCUGUUACUCUCGUGUCAGUGAUAGCAGAUGAAAGCCUCACCCUGAAGCAUUCGGAAAAUAUCCAAUAGUGCGAUACGAUACACGUUGCCCUUCUGCUUUGUUGGUCCAUCUUGCUAGUCGCAGUAUGUGAGAUCCUUUAUUAAGUUAGUGCUGGCCUUGGUUUCGGAAAUUGCUUGCUAUCAUCUAAGACCGUGUUGUGUACUUAGCUCCAGCUAUCGUUGCUGUUGCCUGUUCAGUAGCCAUGAGACAUGUAUAACGCAGGAAACGUAUGCUGUGUCAAAUGUGUAAUACCAUUUUCAUAUUGUACAAUAUCUACUCUGCUGGGUAUACAAGAUAGACAUCAAUGGAAC